CCUCAAAAGUCGAAAACCUUUGAUAGUCGCCGUUUCCUUCCCCUUCACCGUUCAUCAUCGCCGCUUGUGACCGAUGAGCAGAUAGGUUUCUUCAUUGGCCAUCAUUUCCUUCAAUCGACUCAAAAGGAUAUGGCUGCUUCGAUCUCUAGAGGACUUCUUCGCUCUUUGACAGCUUUAGGACGCAGCGGUUUACCGAAUUUUUCUGCGAAUGCACCUGGAAAUGGUUUAUGUUCUCUUCCUAGUGAUCUGAAGUAUGGAAUGGCUUUACUUUCCAACCGAAGGCUCUCCACUUCUAUUUUGACUCCAGACUCGAGUGGUGAUACAUUUCCUUAUGAUCUACUCUCCAAAAAGACGGUGAUUACACCAGACCGAACCAUAGGACAUUACCAAGACUUGGUCAUUCCGGUGACAAAUUUUCAGAACGAGGACAAGGGUUUCAUGGUUUUAGCAGGUGAUGUCUUUGAUGUUCCGAUAAGGAAAGAUAUCAUUCACCAUGUCGUGAGAUGGCAGCUUGCGAAACGCCAGCAGGGAACUCAUUCGACCAAAACAAUAAGUGAGGUUUCGGGAACUGGUAGAAAGCCAUGGAAUCAGAAGGGUACAGGUCGAGCUAGACAUGGUACUUUGCGUGGCCCGCAGAAGGAAAAGUCAGCUUCUUUCUCUUCUCAAUCAUAUAUACUCUUCAUUUUCAGUAACUCUGCCUUGCUAUCAGCUGAAUGUUUUGGGAAAACUAUGCAGCUCCUCGUGUUUGAUGAAAUGGCAUUGCCAACACAUAAAACAAAGAACAUCGUGAAUUAUUACAAUCAAAUGGAGAACACAAAGAAAGUACUCGUUGUAGAAGGUGGUCCUAUCGAUGAGAAGCUGAAGCUAGCUACCCAAAAUCUCCACUAUGUCAACAUACUUCCAUCAAUAGGGCUUAACGUCUACAGCAUUUUGCUCCACGAUACGCUUGUGAUGUCCCGUGAUGCUGUGAAUAAGAUCGUUGAGCGACUGCACACUCCUAUUAACCGUUAAAGCGGCAACAGUGUAUUUUAAAUCGCUCUAGAUAUUUUUCUCGUCCAGGGCUAUCACGCUGACCGGUUCAUUGUUACCUUUUCGGUCUGGUUUUGCAAUCUGGAAUGUUAAAAGAAUUGAGUUUUUUAAGUGUAUUAUUUCUCUGUUUUUAGACAUUCUACCUUUUUUUCCUCGUCUUAAAUAUUUCUGUUACGCUUUUGUGUUUUUGAUUUCGACAAAAAGAAAAAAGACAAGUGGUUUUGAUAUAAAUCUUUUGAACUAAGUAACUUCAUUUGAUGCC